UUGCUUUCCUUUCCUUCGGGACCUGUGUGAGAGUACUUGGAGCAGUGACUGCCAUCUGGUGGCAAGCCAGAAUCAUCACUAAUGGUUACUAAGAUGUCCGCUCCUGCCUCAUGGUAUGCACUGGCAACAGAGGACCAGGAGAGCCUAAAGGGUGACUGAUGAAGGAGCUUAGUGAAAUAACACUUCGCUUCCACCUGAAUGGGUUGUUCAUCCCAGAUUCUGAGCCAGAAGCCAGCUCCAAAAUGGCACCUCUGAAGAAAAGAUUCGAGUUGCUCUUGUGUUUUAGUCGAAGAUCUGCUGGUUACCUCCCAGCGGUAACCAAGACUGAAUAAGUGCACACCAAGAGGGCACGUGAUGACAUGGAGCCUGAAAUAAACUGCUCCGAAUUAUGUGACAGUUUUCCUGGCCAGGAGCUGGAUCGGAGACCUAUUCAUGAUCUCUGCAAGACAACAAUUACCUCUUCCCACCAGAGCAGUAAGACUAUUUCUUCAUUAUCUCCUGUCCUCUUGGGUAUUGUUUGGACUUUUCUCAGCUGUGGACUUCUUCUGAUAGUCUUCUUUCUUGGCUUCACAAUUCGCUGCAGAAAGAACAGGAUUGUGAAGAUGUCCAGUCCCAAUCUGAAUAUUGUGACCUUACUGGGCAGUUGUCUGACUUAUAGUAGCGCUUAUCUCUUUGGGAUUCAAGAUCGAGAUGCGUCCAUGGGAAGCUCAAUGGAAAUUCUCAUUCAGGUAAGACUGUCUGUGCUGUGCAUUGGGACCUCCCUUGUGUUUGGACCCGUUCUGGGGAAGAGCUGGCGACUCUACAAGGUGUUUACCCACAGGGUCCCAGACAAGAGAGUGAUUAUCAAAGACCUGCAGCUGCUGGGGUUGGUGGCAGCCCUGGUGAUAGCUGAUAUGAUCCUGCUCAUGACAUGGGUACUGAGUGAUCCCAUCCAGUGCCUCCAGAUUCUCAGUGUCAGUAUGACGGUGACAGGAAGAGAAGUGUCCUGCUCACUGACCAGCACACACUUCUGUGCCUCCCGGUACCCCGAUGUCUGGAUUGCUCUUGUUUUGGGAUGCAAGGGUCUACUGCUGCUGUACGGUGCCUACCUGGCUGGCCUAACUGACCAUGUCAGCUCUCCUCCUGUGAAUCAGUCUUUAACCAUCAUGGUUGGGGUCAACUUCAUGGUGUUGGCUGCUGGGCUUCUUUUUGUGGUCACCAGAUACCUGCACUCCUGGCCCAACCUGGUCUUUGGCCUCACUUCCGGAGGAAUCUUUGUUUGCACAACCACAAUCAACUGCUUCAUCUUCAUCCCCCAGCUGAAGCAAUGGAAGGCAUUUGAAGAGGAAAACCAAACAAUCAGAUGCAUGGCCAAAUAUUUCAGCACUCCCAGCAAAAGCUGCCAUACUCAGUAUGGUGAGGAACAGAAUUGCCACACUAGAGGAGAGAGGAACUCCAUGGAAAGGCUCCUCACAGAAAAAAAUGCUGUGAUCGAAAGCCUACAGGAACAAGUAAACAAUGCCAAAGAGAAGCUAGUGAGGCUGAUGUCAGCUGAGUGCACCUAUGACCCCCCAGAGUGGGCUGUGCCGCCUGCCUCUUCCUACAGCAAGGAUGGCCAGGCUGCAGCCCCUGUGCACAGCCUGGCAGCUCAAAGACCUUUGGAAUGUCUCUCUGACUCUCGGAAUGAUACCAGUGUGGCUCCCCAGGACUCCCAGAGUACCUCAGUGCCUUCCUCUAGUGCACAAAGCCUCAGGGGGCCUGGGAAGGACACUGGCUCCUCCCCAGGGCAGAAGGAGAUAUAUGACUUGAAAGACUUUUCUGAUCAUUUAAAUUCGGGCUGCAGCAAAAAGACACAGGAUGCAGAAAGAAGUGACCAGGUACCUACGGCCCCCCACCAGAGUCUCAUACCAGGUGAAGGAGGCUCUGCUCCCCAGAGACUGGGGCAGCUGGAGAACUCAAGAGAGCCUCAAAAGCAGAUGUUAAGAGUCAAUUCAAUAAUCAGAGAGAAGCUUCAGGAAGUCCUACGAGAUCUGGGCCCAGGCCCUGAGGCUUCUCUCCCCUCUUCCCCACCUCGUCCCCAGCAGCCCUGGAAGAGCAGUGCUGCCCACAGCCCCCAGGAGAUGCCCCUCUCCAAGGAGUUGGGCUUCAGCCCAUACAUGGUAAGGAGAAGGCGGGCAGCGCAGCGGGCUCGCUCACACUUUCUGGGCUCUGUACCCUCCUAUGUGGAGCAUCGGGCAAAUAGGACUAUUUCUGGGGCACAAAGUGGGCUAAAUGUGCAAAACAGAGACAGCCUCGGCCUGGACUCCCAGACUGCUGAUUCCAGGGUACUCUUUUCCAAAAAGGCUUCACUACUUUCAGAUCCUGAAGGCAAGCCGGGCACCCUGGAGGAUAGCAAACAACGCCAAACAGAGCCUCAAAGGGCCAGUGGCCAUCAUGCAGCCUUUCCUCACCAGCCUUCUGGUUCUGACCAGGCACACGGGCCCACUGGCCCACACCUAUCCAGACCCUCGCCAGAUCUGCCUGACCAGUGGCAGCUGCAGUCCUCAGGGUCCCCAGGGCGUCCCUCCCUUUCUUCUCCAUGCAGUUUCCUUGACACUGAGUCCAGCAGCUCAGACGAGUUCUUCUGCCGCUGCCACCGGCCCUACUGUGAAAUCUGCUUCCAGAGUUCCUCUGAUUCCAGUGACAGUGGCUCUUCAGACACCAACCCCGAGCAUGCUAGGGGGCUGGCUUCUUGGGAACAGCUGUGGGCCCGCUCAAAGCCUAUUGUGAAUUUCAAAGAUGACUUGAAACCCACACUGGUGUGAAAAGCAGCAGAGCAUAUCUGGAUAUAGAGGUCAGUUCAGGACAAGCCUUACUAAGGCCUACAG